AUGGAAAAUAAGGCUCCAAUGACCGAAAUGCCCGUGUGCAACAUCGAUAGAAGAGAACCGGACAAGAUCUAUAUUUCCGCUUGGCGAGACAAAGCUGAGUUUAGUUCGGUGUACGAACAAAUUUUCAACUCUACCCCCGAAGACAUUGAAUCGAAGGAGAAAGCCCUACAAUGGCUAAACAUAUGGAAGAUUCGGCAAGUGAUGGAUUUUCCCGUCUGCAUCCGGUGUACUUACUUGGUGCUGGAAGCUCAGGUGUUUGAUUUGCGUUUUCAGCGUCAAGACAGCCAGGUGAGCAAUGCGACGGAAGUUAAAAACAUCUACUCCGGCGCAUUCACGCGGUUCGUCAACUUCAUCACGGAGGCAUCGGGGGGUAACCGUAGACGAAGCAUCGCCGACCAUGUACGCGACAUUGGCAUCGAAACGUACCUGGUCGAGUUACGGCAUCUUUGCGCCCAUCGCUCCGUAUCGAUUUCGCUCGACGUGUUCCGCCGCUCGGCACAAUACUGCAUGGAUUGGCUGAAGACGGCCUACUGGCAGCGAGAACUCAACCUCAUGAAACCCGUGAAAGUAGAUUUGUUGCAAUGUGAAAAUACAAAAGGCGUUAAAAUACCGGAUCCAAGCGACAUCCUGCGCUUGUACGACGUGGCUUCGACUGGAAUCGUACGAAAGGCAGAUACCAUAACGAAAGCUGCGUCGGAUGCUGGUCUCACGGCUGAUGAAAUCAAUCUUCUGGAAAAAACGGGAAAAAGUUUUGGCUUCAACAAACUAUCCGCGAUCUUAAAGCAUGCGGUUCGACUCUUGUACGAUUUGAAAAUGCCUUACACACAAGCCACUGUGGCUGUGAUGUGUAACGGAGUGUUUACCCACUGCAAGCACCUAUUCGAAGACGCGGUAAAAUACGGCAAAGACGGCCAGAUGCCGCUCGGUAAGAUCCACAGCGAGUUGUUCCGGUAUCUCGCCUCUAUUGGCUGUCUUCAGGCAUUCUUUGAGCGGUUGGUGAUAAUCUGCGAACGAGGUGCACCCACAGUGGGUACCGAUAUGCGACCGGCAGCCAGUUACUGGGCAUAUAGGAUCGGUGUCGGGUUUCAGCUACUAAAACAAUAUAAAAAAGCUUUGCGUUCACUACCACCGGAGAAAAUGCCACGAUUUGGCCAGGCUCUCAAGGACACGCAUGCGAAACAAUGGUACCAAGAGCGUCUUAAGUCGUUCAAAGCUGCAGAGCAGCAUAUUAUUUUGGGACUUAGCGUCGACUGCCCGUGGCAUUUAAAGUUUUCCCGUGCCUUUGCGAAGGUCCGAUUGGCGGCCAUGAAUGAGCACACACAGGAUAUCGUCCCCAUAAUUAUUUCAUUCGUAGAACCACCGAUAACAGACUUCGAACUGAUGGGUAUAAAACGUGUAUCGCUUGCGUACAAAGGUGAAGAUGUCAUCUUUCUUGACGGCCUCUCCGACGACGACGAAGCUCAGUCAGCACUGAAACAAAGAACGAAAGGAAUCGCCACAUCGGUAGUCAAUACUUCGGAAGUAUACUCACCGGCAGAUUUACUGGAAACAAUCAACAAGAAGCGAGCACAUACUGAAGAAUCAUCCACUACGAACAAGAAACUGAAGCUGUGUGGUCUGUGGAGCGAUCCCGAUAAUUCUCUCGACUGGAAGAGUUACCCUCUCGGAAUGUUUCCUGGUUUAGUAUAGGCAGUCAGGUUUCCUAGCUACGUAUU